GUCUAGAACCCAAAUCAUUAUAUAUAUGGGUCAACAACUAUGGUCUAUAUGGCCUAUUUGAGAUUGAAGCUAUUAUGUGAAGAUAUAUGAUGAAGUUCACCAUAAGCUCUAUUUUCUUCAAUGUUUUUCUCAUUAUAACUCUUGUAUUUCAAACUCAUGCAAGCAAAAUCAAUUAUAGAAGCAACAAGUACAAAGCCUUAUUCAUUUUUGGAGAUUCUUUCUUAGAUGCUGGCAAUAACAAUUACAUAAACACCACAAGCCUUGAUCAAGCAAAUUUCUUGCCUUAUGGAGAAACCUAUUUCAAGUUCCCAACUGGUAGAUUCUCGGAUGGUCGUUUGAUAUCUGAUUUUAUUGCUGAAUACGCAAAUAUUCCACUAGUUCCACCAUUUCUACAACCUGGCUAUAACCAAUACUACAAUGGAGUGAAUUUUGCAUCUGGUGGAGCAGGUGCACUUGUUGAAACUUUCCAAGGGUCGGUAAUUCCUUUCAAAACACAAGCAAGAAACUUCAAGAAAGUAACAGCUUGGUUGAGGCACAAGUUAGGCAGUUCUGAUUCCAAAACAUUGUUAUCAAAUGCCGUCUACAUGUUUAGCAUUGGAUCUAAUGAUUAUCUUAGUCCAAUCUUGACAAAUUCUAGUGUUCUAAAGUAUUAUUCUCAUUCAGAAUAUGUUAGCAUGGUUGUUGGUAACUUCACUUCCACUAUCAAGGAAAUACAUAAAAGUGGGGCUAGAAAAUUUGCAAUCUUGAACUUACCACCAUUAGGUUGUCUUCCAGGAACUAGAAUAAUUCAAUCACAGGGGAAAGGUAGCUGCUUAAAAGAGCUUUCAUCACUUACAAGUAUACAUAAUCAAGCUCUUUAUGUGGCUCUCUUAGAAUUGGAGAAACAAUUAAGGGGCUUCAAAUUUACUCUCUAUGAUUUGAACUCUGAUAUCACUCAAAUGAUCAACCAUCCCUUAAAAUAUGGUUUGAAGGAAGGAAAAUCAGCAUGUUGUGGGAGUGGGUCAUUUAGAGGAAAAUAUAGUUGUGGUGGAAAAAGAGGAGAGAAACGCUUUGAAUUAUGUCACAAACCAAAUGAACAUUUAUUUUGGGAUUCUUACCAUCUUACAGAAAAUGCUUAUAAACAAUUGGCAGCUCGAAUGUGGGAUCAUACUGGAAAUUCUCACACUAUUGGGAAUUAUAUUAUCAGUGAUUUCUUCCAAUAAACUCAGAAAUGUUUCAGAAGCUAGAGAAGCAGCUAAUGGGAUUCUAAUAAUCAACCAAGUAAUGAAAUACCCUUCAAUUUAUGGUAUUCAUUCAUGGAAACUAUCAAUUUAUUAUGUAGAAGCUUUGUCUCUGUGCACAGAAAAAAAAAAAGUCUUGCACCAUGUAAGAGUGUAUUUUUCACCAUUUGAUCAAUAAGUUCGAUCAUAUCUCAUUUGAUCUUGAUAAGAUUUAUUGAUCCAAUGAUAGAAACUAUUUUGAAUAUAAUGAAAGACUCAUAGAAUUGAUCUAUAUCUUAUAUAAGAGUUUAAUGAUGGUCACACUAUCAAGGUAAA